AUGGCACCAACAGCGUUCCUGCUCGUCUUCUCCGAACCCGGGCCUAACGUCCCGGAGGACGAGUACAACGACUGGUACGACAACGAACACAUCCCUCUCCGCGUCAACACACCGGCGUUCCUCAACUGGACGCGAUGGAAAGCGGUUGACGGAGAGAAACCGACGUACGGCGCGUCUUACGACCUCGAGUCGUACGAAGCGACGAAGAAGGCGCCGUACACGACGCUCGCGGAGACGAGGAGCGACAGGGAGAAGGGCAUCCUGGCGAAUAUCCAGCUCCUCGACAGACGGCACUACGAGCUGAUCGAACCCCAUCCCAUCCCCCUUCGGCACUCUACGACGAGACGCAACCUGCCCCAUACGUCGUCUUUGUCUCCGGAGGAGGAUUUCAACAAGUGGUACCACGAGGAGCACAUACCCCUGCUCGCCAAGGCCCCAGGGUGGGUCAGGAGCAGACGGUUCAUCUUGAAGGAUUGCGGGCAGAUGGGCGUAGAGGCACAGAAGGAUCAGAAACCGCCCAAGUACAUGGCGGUGCACGAAUGGGCUUCGAUGGACUCCUUCAAGAGUCCCGAAUACAAGGCGGCAUUGGCGACGCCGUGGACGGAGAAGGUCUUUGCAAACGUGGUGGCGAAGGAGAGAAGGGUGAUGACAUUCGUGAGGAAGUGGGCGAGACUCUGA